CGCAUGUCCUAGCAUUGGUUCUGUGGAAAAGGGUGCGCUAAAUCGAAGCUACCAAAGGGGUUUUGGGCAUUGUAGUACUUACUUAACACCGAUGAGGAACGGAUUUUUUGCAGUAUUUUGCCAUCUGUUAGUCACUUCAGUGUGACUCAUCUUCGAUUAUCCUUCACACGCUGUAAUUUUCUCGCAGAGAGACGUGGCUUGCCGAACUUCGUUCGAGCUGGUCUGGUCAGGGUGUUUGUGUUCGCCCUAUUAAGACCUGAGUUUUCAGCUGGCCGCUCCAUUUUGUUCAUCUUUGAAGGCGUUGACGAUCGCAGUCGAACUUGUACUUCAUGAUCUUGCCUACUUGUGGUUGACAUGGAGAGCAGCGACGCGAAGAAAGCGGGUACUCGGUUAGUAGGCACGAAAGAAUUUAUGUUUUUCCUUUAUGGUAUGUUUGUUUUUAUCGAUAAGGGUGAGUUAGCCUUGUUCCUUGUUCAGUUUCAUCUGCAAUUAAGGCACAGUUUAUUUCGAUUCCCCUUGCGAUUCGCUCGAAAGCUCGUUAAUUUAGACAGGUAUACACGAUCUAAUUUGACUGCGCUAUGCUGUUAUGAGGUCGAAAACAGUGCCUUAUAUCUAUCCACUCGGUUUGUGAUCUCAGCUUACAAGUCAUCUUCCUUUUGCAGUGUAUUCAAGAAGUCAUCCCCAAACAGCAAGGUACAGUUAAUUUUCCUUGCUUUAGCUUUUAAAGAAAUUUAAUUGCCCGACACGCAUCGUUUUGAAACAUUACGAACUAUAUAUAGUCGAUGUAGUAUUUUCUUAAACGAGGGUAUUAAAUUUACCAUGCACGAUAGCGCAGUGUUUUGGUGUUUAGCUUCGUUAAAUAUAUUCUAAUUCGUUUAUAUAUUUGAUGGCUUGUGGGUCAAAUGUUCACACUUUUGGUGUUGAGGUAUAAUAAGCCACCGAAAAACGUCGUUUUUUGGGUUGGGAUUGAGAUUAUUUUGAAAGAAAAUCAGUGGAAACAUGAUAGUAGCCUUUAUGCAUGUCUGAGGUUUCGUUUGUGGGUCCAAACUGAUGUAAACAUCGCACAGAAUGCUUGCACUUAUCUCUAUGUUUAUACCUUCUAUAAUUUUCUUCUUGGCUUAAUAAAGUUGUGUACAUAUCAAAUUUAAAACUAGGUAGUUUGAAUAAAUUAGAGCCACAAACAAACGAAAACGAAGGGGGACAUCUUUGCAGAUGUUUCCUGCUAUAGCUUAGCAUCUAGGUUGGCUGAAAAUUAUCAUAUGAAAGGAGGUUUAAAAAGAUUUGUUCAGUCCUAAAAAGGACGCGAAACGUCUUUAUUUUGAACGAUGUUAAAUUAAUUGUUUUAAGAUAUAGCUCUAGCUGUAAUUCUGAAGCAGAUGUAAGUUUGUACUAUGGAGUACAUCUUGUUUUGUUUCGCUUUUUAAUUGAGCAUGCUUUUGGAAAACAAGCCUUGGAAGAACAUGAGAUUAAAAAAGAUGAUGCCUGAAGCAUAUAAAUUAAUGGGCGCGUGAGGAUAAUGGCUGCGGGCAAGAGGUAUACCUUAAAAACGAAGGCCAUUUCUCUCUGUGUUUACUAUACAAAGUGAUUAACAGAGAAAUACUCGACUGAAAGCAAGUUUAGAUUGAUUGAUUUGAAAAAUUGCACAAUUUACCCUUAUCAUAUUUUAGAGGAAUUAGAAUCAAUUGAUUUGUUGAAAUUUUAAAAAAAAACUUUUUUCAGAAAUUUUUCUUAAAACUUUUGAUUAAUUGAAAGAAACUCACAUUUUUGAAAAUGAUAUUUUUAAGACAUUUUUUAAGACUGUUAUUUAAUUUUUCUUUUUAGUUGUUAUCUUUUGAUGGGUUAAAUAUUCUCAAACCUUAUCCAUGUUGGUACAUAUUUGCUUAAAUGUGUGAUUUAGUUACGUUUCCUUUUAGCAAAGUAAUGUAGUGCAAAGAAUUCUUGAAAUUAACUUCAAUGUAUCUUAGACUUGGCGUCUUUCUGUUGCAAUCAGCCGCUUCGCUUAAAACACUUUUUAAACAUCUGUGUUAAGUGGAUGAUAGCAUCAUUUGCUUUAGUCUGAACCAAGGGUAGUGGAUUUGUGUAAUAUUCAUUAAUAAGUCUAGACACAGGCUAAGGCGUCCACACAGGUAAAACUUACCCCAGUAUUAACCCUUUGCACCCUUGCAUCAAUAUGUAUAUUCUCCCUACCAAUGCCACUUACAAGGAGAUUUUAAGAAUCAUAAGCUUCCUUACUUUUGGUGUUACAACUGUGAAAACUGAAUAUGAAAGCAAUCUUAACAAUAAUGAACACUAUCUAUUAAGCAGUAGUGAAAAUAAGGCCUGAAAACAAUUCAGGCAUUUACAGGAUUUGAACCAAUGACCUUUGAAAUACUGGUGGAGUGCUCUACCAACUGAGCUAACAAGCUAACUGAGAACUGGUCAUCAUGUUAGUUCAUUAAAAAAACCAGUAAAGUGAUGAAUCAAUCAGGGAGAAUAUAUGAAAACCAUAUGUGUGUACUGCAGCAUGAAUGUAAAAGUGAUCUUUGCAUUAAUGAAUAUUACUUUAGCAGUGGUGAAAAUGAUACCUUAUUGCAAAGAUUGCUUUCAUAUUCAUUUUGUAAACUGCAGUUCACAAAAUAUGAUUUUCAUAUAUUCACGCUCAAUGUGAAAACUGUUCUAUGAGUUUGUUGUGAUGAUUGCUGAAAGCACUAGCCUUAAGGUUGGCUAUAUCUGGUGCAAGCUGUUCUUUCAGUAGAGGGGCUCCUUUUCAAAUGAAGACACUUAUUUAAACAUUGUGUAGAACUAUCAGAAAACAGCCCUGGAAGGGAGAUAGCCUAAAAGCAAGCUUUGUCAAGCUUGUGGAUGCUCAAAAGAGUUUCCCUGUAGGCUACACAUAUGUCAAAGGAUGUUAACAAAACAAAGCAGCUCCUACUGCAACCAACUUGCUAAAUAAACACUUCAAUUCCAAAAAUCUUAAAACUUCUUCAUUGUAGAGAUGAUAGUGCAUUUCUGUUGAGCUAUCAGAAUACAAAUCUUUUGAGAGCCAAUGAUUAAUGUGUUACAGAUAUUCUGUAUAAACGAGUUUAAAAAAAUUGAAAAUGUUAGUGUCAUUUCUGUGGAUUUAAGUUUUGCGUAAUAAAUUACAGUGCAUUUAGUAGCUGAUUCAAUGGAAUUUUUUUUUAUCCAAUUCUCAUAUCUUUCCUCUUAACCACUUAAUUGACUAUUAUCAGGAGACUCAACAAUCAGAUAACUCUUGAAGGAGUAAAUGGAUUAACACAUUACAAUUUUUUAUCUCAAUUAAAUUCAUGACCCUCCCACCUAAGCUAAUUCUCAGGGAAAUGCAGAAGAAUUCAUGAUUAUGUAAUAAUGCACUGAAUGAAUCUUUUGAUUUUGAAAUCGUAACUCUUGGACAACAUUGUGAUAUAUGUAUGGUAUAAGAAAGAAGAUAACCAGAUUCAGAAGACCAGGUGCCUAUAAUUUUAUUUUCUCAACUAGACAAGCAAUAAUGCUAACAUCUGUUACCCCACAGAUCACUACUUAUUUGGGCAAACGGGAUUUUGUAGACCACAUUGAACACAUUGAUCCUGUGGGUAAGUUAAUAUUUGACUGUGAUUUCUUAAGCCUUUCACUCCCACAAUCUCAUUAGUAAUUCUCCUUACUGUCUGCCACACAAUUUUCAUGAUGUUAGUUUGGAGAAUAUGGUAUUGGAUCAACAAACAAUCCUUUAGCCAAUGUUUUUUUGUCUUUCUUAUCACUGGUCUGCUGGAUAUUGCGUUGAUAUUGUAAGGAGAAAUUCUGUCUUGGUCACUCAUGAGAGUUAAAGGGUUAGCAGAAUUAAGUUGAAAAAAAAGUGAUCUGGUGAAAAUGCAGGCACAUAAAAUUAUGAGUCUUCUGUCUAAGUUACUUUUUUGGGGUUAUUUUGCAGAUGGUGUUGUUCUGAUAGAUCCAGAGUUUGUCAAAGAUGGGAAAAAAGGUAUUACAAAAUUGUGCUUGUCAUGAAUUAUAUCAGAAGCUUAAACCUAGACUAAAAGCAUCACAGAGUUUACACAACUUGUGCAAUUUGUAAUAAGUGUUUAUUUUGACAAAAUAUGUUUAUGAGUAGGGCUAUAGGUGACUUCUGAUUCUGAGCUGGGGUCACAAAAACCCUGUAAACACUAUCUACUUAUCCAGGAUUAGUUGCUGUCAAAUUCUAUAGUUGGUGUGCUAUUUCAGAGUGAAUCAGAGGUAAUUUUCCAGUUGAAAAACAUUUUAAAUGACAAAGGGGAUAGUAGCUGAUUUCUGUAAAUUAUAGCCACUUUGCUGACUGGCAUAUGUAGAUUUAAAUUUUGACAAUUUUUUCCCAGGGUAAAUGGCGGUUUUGACCUCCUCUUUUAAGAGAGACAGAGAAAUUGCUAGAAAAAAAAUAUUGUUCAAAAUUUUUGACAACUAUCAACUGUUAGGUUCAAUUAAGACAUUGUGCUCCUGCUCUGUCAAAUUUUAUUUAGCAAUUAAGUUUGACAAGAGCAUGGUGGAAGCGUGUUGUCUAGAUGAAAAUUUUUAAUUAAAUUAAGCAAGCAAUUGAGUUUGACAAGCUCUGCCAUGCUACACAACUCUGGCACUACUCCAACUCAAAUGUUGUUCCUCUGCCCAGCCAAACAAAAGUUAUGAAUAAUGUUUAACUUAAAUAAAGGCAGGAUUGCACUCUCACUGAGAGUAACAAGAAUAAAUUAUUGGCUUGGCUUCAGUAAAUCCUGAAUUUUUGCACGCAUCAAGCCCAACAUCUGAAUCAGAGUCAGGAUUCUGCUGUGCUAGAGUCAAACCUAAUUCUAAUUAAGUUUGGCUUUGCAGCAGUAGAAGGUGUGAACAGGACCCUAGACAUUUUUGAGAAAAUCAUGCCAAACAAUUUUCUAGCAUUUAAAAAAGUUACUCUAGUGAUUAGAACAAUAUGCAAGUGUCAUUUAUUUUUUCUUUUUUCCAAUUAGUGUUUGCCCAUGUUCUGGCAGCAUUUAAGUAAGUCAUAAAUAUUUGCACUUUUAUUUUGAAUGUUCCUAGUGACUUAUUAUUUGUUUGUUCAAGGUGAUUUGUAUAUUUGUUUAAUAAAAGUGCAAAGUGGAAUUCCACAUUAACACAUAGAAAAUGAGAGUUACCACAAAUAAUUUGUGGUUGAGUUCUGUCACUAAUAUUUUCAAAUUGGCAUAUGAAGUCUUUUUGAUAAAGAAUGUUUUUCCUCUUACUGAUAGAUAUGGACGUGAAGAUUUGGAUGUGCUUGGACUAACUUUCAGAAAAGACUUGUUUCUGGUUUGUAAAGAUUGAAACUUCCUUUCUACAGUUAUGGGAUUAUUGUCAUAAGCCACCCUCUUACUACAAAAAAAGGAGAUGAUUUGAAUUGAUUAUUUUAAUUUUAGCAUCUACACGAAGCCUGAGCAACUCUGAACAAGUCAAGUCACACCAUUAGUCCUGUUUUUAAAUUGAAUGUCUUGUUAAUGAUGUAGUCUUAGACCCUGUACUGGGUUUAACCUUUAAACUCCCAGAAGUGAUCAACAUGCUACUUCCCCCAACAAUAUCCAUACAUUAUCUAGCAAACAGGUGAUGAGAAUACUCAAACUUAUUGCAGAGGAGUUGUCUUUCUUGAUCUAACACCAAGCUCUCAUUACUUCUUUACAAGAAAAUGUGUAGCAGGUAGAAGGGCGAAUUAAAAAUCAGAUCUUGGGAGGUAAAGGGUUAACUGAAUGAAAAUCAGAAAAAGAGAACUGAAAAACUGAAUUUUCCAUAGGAUUCAAGUACUCACAAACUUGUGUUUUCAUUGGGCUAAAUUUGGAGUCAACAAACACUGGUUUAAGCAGCUUCUAUGAAGGAAAAAAUAUUUAACCUUCUCAGCUUUUACAACACAUUUAAGCAAAGUAUGAAAGAUUUCAGCUCCCAAAUUCACUAGCAGUUGAUGAGUGUAGUUGCAGAGAGUCAUUUCUAUCAGUGGUCAUUGGUAUGUUACUCUUCCUUUUUACAGGCCACUACACAAGUUUAUCCACCAAAAACAGAAGAUCCAGUUCAGCUUACAAGACUUCAAGAAAGGCUGCUGAAGAAACUUGGGUCCAAUGCCUAUCCUUUCAAAUUUGAGGUUUGCUUUCCUCUGGAAAUCCUUGAAAGUAAUUCAUUAAUGUUCACAAUAAAGUUGUUCUUUGUAUUCAAGUGGUAAGUCAGUUACUGCUCACCCUGGGUCCUAAAAGUGAAAGAAGUACCAUUACUACAGUAACUAUAAAAAAAUAUUUUUACCAACUAGUGCAUUUAUACGUACAUUUGUCUAAUUGCAUUUGUUGUGAUUCCUGUUAGUUGCCCCCAGGUUCUCCUUCAUCUGUAACUCUACAACCAGCACCAGGAGACACUGGCAAGGUAUGCAGAAUAAUACUAGUCAAACUCUUUUUUAGGUGAACUUUGUAAGAUGUAGAGGUACAUUUGUUCAGCUUCGGUCAAUUUAUAUUGUCAAAAUGAAUUAGAAAUGCUGCGGAAAGUAGCAUGAGUUAUUUCUUGAUUGCAUUAACUGAGACAAUUGCUUAAUGUUAUUUUCAGCCUUGUGGGGUAGAUUAUGAACUUAAAACUUACAUCAGUGAAUCUAUGGAAGAAAAACCACACAAAAGGUAAUUCAAUCAUUUACUGCAGAUAGCUUGUAGCACUUUGACAAUCUUCUAAUGGUUACUUACAAUUCCAUAACUCUCUUUUUAAGGUGCAAGGUGUGUUCCUCUGUUGUUCUCUGAAUAUUUUUAUUAUUUGAUUUUAGAAACACAGUACGGUUAGCCAUCAGAAAGAUUACUUAUGCACCAGAGCGACCCUUGCCUCAGGUAAGCUGAAAAAUUAGAUCUGGGGUAAAGAAUGAGCACCUUCACUAUUUGGGACCUUGCUUAGCACUUUGAGUAUACAUGUACCUGAAUUAAUUUUGGGAGCCACAUCUUUUGUGUGCUUCAUCUUUAUCUUUUAUUAGUAGUAUUAUUUAUCUCUGUGUUGAAUUUCAUUCCACAGCCUCAGGCUGAGACAGAAAAGGAAUUCAUGCUUAGCACUCAUAAGCUCCACAUUGAAGCUUCUUUGGACAAAGAGGUAAUGUUAGUUUUUAGAGGCACAGAGGAUGGAGCAGGGGGGAGGGGUAAAGGUACAGUGUUGGAUACCAAAGUACUAUGGGUGGGGUGGGAAAGGGUGUGUGCUGAGUAGGUGGUGUAGAAGGGCACAAUGGCAAAGGGAUAGGAGCAGAAGAAGGUGUGAAAUUGCAAGGGGGGUGUAGAAGAUCAGGAAAAGUUGGAAGUUGCCUGGAGCAACAGAAAUGUGUAGAGAGGGGUUGGGGAGAUUGUGAUGCAGAUGUCACCCUCCUCUUGCAUUUGUAGUAAAGUGGAUCUUUUGCAGUUAUGGAUGUAGAAAAUACUUUGGCUGAGAAAUCUUUUUCUUUUGCAGAUGUAUUACCAUGGGGAGGAGAUUGGGGUUAAUGUACAUAUUGCAAAUAGUUCUUCCAGGACAUGCAGGAAAAUAAAAGUUACAAGUAAGGGAAUUGGAGAAAAAAAAAUACUCCAAAUUUAUAUAUUUUGUUUUUUCAUUUGUUUCAUUCUUUUUUUCUUCUUCUUCUUUGUUUGUUUGUUUUUUUUUCCCGAUUGCAAACUUUGUAUCCACUGCCUUUGAAAGACAGAUUUCUCAAAGUGUUAUGAGCACAGCAAUGUUCUCAUCUUUUCACUGCAUGCAUGUGUUUACAUUGUGGAAUUCUUAGAAAGCCACAAGCUCUUUAGACUUUUAGCCUAGAAUUGUGUCUUUCUUUUGCAGUACGACAGUUUGCUGACAUCUGCUUAUUUUCAACUGCACAGUACAAGUGUCCUGUGGCAUCGUUAGAAUCUGAGUAAGCAUUAAGGAUAAAGUUAGCAACAAAUUCUGGUUACAUUUUAAAAUCAUUAUGAAUUGUUGCAUCAAAAAAAAAAGUUUUAAGAGAGAAAUUGUAUAUCUAUUACUUGUGAGAGGAAGAAAAAUCUGUGUACUUCAUAAAGAUGCAAACUACAGCCAGUUCUGAUGUUGUAGUGGAAUGCACUAACAUUUGUUUUUGUAUUCUCCCCACUUCUCUUUUUAUGUUCCCCAUGUUACUGAGAAGGAGAAUUUGUUUCCCAAUCAGGAGCUUCUUAAGUGGUGAUUGUUUCCUUUAUUCUUACCCUCUCACAAUUGUACAUUUGAUGUAAGAAAGGAGAAAGAUGCCAGUUACUUUUAGGAUUAAAGGAAUUGUCAAAUGUACAGCUUAACUUUGUUUACCUAGAUUACAGGAAUAAAUGUAAUAAUUUUAAAUUUAAUUGUUUCACUUUUUCUUCUCCUUGUAGAGAUGGUUUCCCUGUGGGACAGAGUGGAACCUUAUCAAAAGUGUACCGCCUCACACCACUCCUGAAUAACAACAGGGUAUGAUAUAAAGGCUGUUUGUUAUCCUACACCACUUAUGUUUAUAGAAAUAACUAUAUACCAGUAUUUAGAUGCAAAGUCAUUCAGUAACUGGCGAUAAGAAGACGGUAUGAUUUCUAUUUCCCUUCCCCCUUCCAUCUCCUUCAUUUGACCGUCACUCACCCCUUUGGUACAAAUUUAUUUCUCUCCCAAGCCUACUGUUGCUGUUAAAAUCAAAGAUGGAAGCUUUAAUUUUCACCAACAAAAUACUGAGCACUCACUCGUCAAAAUCACCCGGCUCUGCAGGCGUAUUGAUACCAACUAGUGUUACUCCUGAGCAUUCAACACGUACUUGCAUGAUGUUGAUAAUGGUCACUUAUCUAAUGCUGGUUUCUGAUUUUUUCUUGUUUUGUAAGGAUAAAAGAGGCUUGGCACUCGAUGGAAAAUUAAAACACGAGGAUACUAAUUUAGCCUCCUCGACGAUGUAAGUAGAACUUAGCCCACACAUCCUGAUCAAUUCAAAACUUGUAUUACAUCCAUUUUGAAAUCACUUGUGAUCCUUGUAAUCUGAUUGGCUCUCAUUGAUGUGAUUUAUUCAUGAAUCGCACCAUUUUUUUUUUUUUCACAAAAUAGCAUUUUUUUUCCUCAGCCAAUGAGGAAGCUUUACUAAAAUAUUUAAAGAUUGCUGGCUUAGAUUAUUUUUGACGCUUGUAUUAAUUUGCAGUUGCUUUAUGGUGCGUAAAUCUCCUUCCUCCCUCGCUAGAACUUUGUCACGAUUUUCAGUAAAUUUGAUUACAAGGCAGCCUGCUGUCACUGUUCUCUACGUGAGUUCGUGAUAUGAAAGAGUUUAACUGUACUUUUUUAUUUUAUUAUCUCCUUCCUCAUUUUUAGAAUGGAUGACACCAUUCCUAAAGAAAAUCUUGGAAUCAUAGUAAAAUACAAGGUCAAAGUGCGAGUCAUAGUGGCUUAUGGCGGGUAAGAGCGGCAAUCUUGCUUCUUUUUGGCAGGGGGGGAGUGGGGUGAGGAAGGGGUUUGGAAGAGAGUUAAGUAAAAGGCAGAGGCUGUUCUCUUGCUAGGUCCACCCAAUGUGACAAAUAUUAUUCGCGUUUAAAAUUCUCCAUGCUUUGUCGUUAAAUCUCCUCUCUUUUCUUAUCAGUGAUGUAACACUGGAGUUACCGUUCACAUUAAGUCAUCCCAAACCUCCAGAUGAGACACCGCCGUCUACACCAGCCCCGCAAGUACUCUCAGAGGAAGCAGCAGGUAGGACACUGGGAGGGGGGAAGGGGGUCGGGUAGGAAAGUCGAACUGCUCGAGAAUGUUGUGCUCCAUUUGACGUUUUCGAGGUCUUUUCUCUUUUCAAAGAUUUUACUUCUAUACGGUACUGCUUCCCGUAAGGGACCAAGGAUUCUUGCACUUGAAAACUCUUGAAUGAAAAACAAAAUUCUCGACUCGUGAUAAAUUAUCAACUCCCUAUCUGCUCCAAGUAUUUCCAACUCCAGUAAACUGCAUGAAACUGUAAGAAGGUCAUCAGCCAAAACUCUCAUUUGAAGCAAAUUUGAAGGGUACUUAUUUUAUUCGUCACUUUAACUUAAUUAUUGUUUGCAAAUGCUUGGUAAGGAGGCAGAAAAGUGUUCGAUCUUUUUCUCUGAAAAUCGCCGAAUGUCGUUUCCAUACGUUGAGAAAAGUUAAAGUGUCGUCAGAGGAGACUGGACGCUACGAUCUUUAACCCUUUAAACCUAAGAGUGACCAGCAUCUAGUUUCUCCUUACAAUAAUACUGCUGAAUCAUUCAUUGCAGUCCAUGAGAAUAAAGGAAAUGAUCACCAACUAAAGAAGCUCUUGAUUGUUAAACAAAUUCUCCUUGUCAGCACUUUAGGAAAUGUAGGAAGAACAGUGGGGAGAAUAUACAUACUGAUAUUAGGGUGUAAAGGGUUAAGGGGUUCGUAACGGUUUGUAUCUCGUGGAGAGAUUAGCUUUAAUGUUCAAUAACUCAUUUUUUAUAAUGACCAGGAGACGUAUGACCUUGAUUCUCCUAAUAACAAGACAUUUUCAUCAGUUUAACGAAAAGAAAAGGCUUUUUAUGUUACUUGUUAGCGUAUCGUCACGUUACUGACUCCAGUAUGAUUUUUUUAUAGCGGGUGCUGCUUCAGGUGACACUCCUGUAGACCACAACUUAAUCGACUUUGACACUGAGUGAGUAAAAACGCGUGUACAAACGCGCGUAAUAUUAACAAGGAUUUCAAAUAAAGCCGGUGGCCAGCGGUCUACCGCCACUUGUAAGAUCACAAACUGUUGUGUUUGGGUUUCGCCUAGCGGUAAAGCCAUUUAUUACACCAUCGGCAACCGCUUAUGGAAAAAGCCCGGGAGUGCCGGGCAUGUGAAAAGUAGUUUUAAGGAUUGAGAGCAACAGUUUGUGAAAAUUCCAUAGAAAUGGUCAAGAGCCAUACUUGAUGUUGGAUAAUAAAUUUGGAUUCAACAGUGGAAAGGUUUUUAACAUUUGUGUUAGUAGCACUCUCUACAUUAGCUAUUCAAAGCCAGUGUGAGGCUUAAAACUACUAACCAGCGGGGAAAAAAAAAGGUUGAGUGAUAAGUGAGGUAGUUCACUAAACCAUUGUAGUCUGUUAAUCCUUAAACCCCAAAGAGUAACUGACUUCUAACUACCGCUUACAAUGUCACCCUUGAAUUGCCCGCGAAGGUCACGAGAGUAAAGACAGUGAUCAGCACAUAGAAAAUGUAUAGGGAACGGUAUGGAAAAUAUGUAUGGUGGUGUUAGGGUGUAAAGGUCAAAUAGGAAAACAAUGUAAAGUUCUCUGACCUUUUUUACAGAACACUGAGAGAAAGUUACUUAUGAAAAGGAUAAUAUUCUUGAUGUAAUUCCAGACUUUCGUAACUAGUAUAGAUGAAAAUGUGUUGAUGUUAGUGAUGAGAAUUCAUCGAAUCGUUGUAUUUUAUUUCAGUGGUCCUGACAAGAAUGAGGAUGACGACCUUAUUUUUGAAGACUUCGCUCGCCUCAGGCUCAAAGGAGCAGAACACCUUGACAGUGCAGACGCCUGACUUACAUUCAACGCGACAAUUUGCAUGGGAGGGGAGAGAGAGGGAAGAAUUGUCUGUCUAAAGAAACUUUGUCUACUUACUUCGUGGAUUAGUUUCCUCUCCUAAGAGUUACAAAUUUGAAGAUAUUGUCUUGAUCUACUUAAAUAUUGUCAGACCACAUAGGAAAAGUAAUGUAUGGUAUUCAAUAGGAAGAAAUGUCUUGAACUUGGAAUUCCUCAGAAGAGGUUUACCGAGAGGUGGUAAUAUUACAGUAUUAGUUUCAAAGCCUUUCGGUUCCUCUGUAGACUUGUUUUCAGAUUCAGCUACAAACGGUAAAUAGAAGAGCGCUCUUGUGCGAAUUUAUGUAUGAAAAAGCGAUAUUAUUCGAUUUCAUUUUGACAUAGUUAAAAACCGUUCUUAGACAUAAUUUUGGCAUCAUUAUUUCUUUCUAUGAAGAACUUUUUUCAAAUCACUCAACAACCAAAAGACUGAUUCAUUUUUCUAUGAAGAAACUUUUUCAAAUUUUAAUCAACAAGACGAAAAAAAAUAAUUUGUUUUGUGUUACUUUUUUUUCAUUUUCUGAUAUCUGCAGGAUAUUAUUCGAUUUCAUUUUGAUAUAGUUAAAAACCGUUCUUUCAUAAUUUUGGCAUCAUUAUUUCUUUCUAUGAAGAACUUUUUUCAAAUCACUCAACAACCAAAAGACUGAUUCAUUUUUCUCACAUCAAAGUCAAUGGAAACGAAGACUCCAAACAUUUUAAUCAUAGAAGACGAAGCGAAAAAUAAUUUGUUUUGUGUUAUUUCUUUUAUUUUUUUUCCUUUUGGAAGAACCUGCAGGAUAUUAUCUGA